AUGGUAUUGCCUUCUACUCCCGACUCUCACAAGAGUUCCAGCAGCCCUGCUGAGUCCGACAUUACCCCUUCUCCUACUCAGCAGAACACCCCCUUUACUGAGAUGGGUACUCACACCAACCCACGAUCCAACAAGACGAUGGACUACUCCAAGCUUUUCAACGAAUCGAACGGCGCCUGCCAGGAUCAGAUCCCAGCUGUGCCUUUGAGCUACGUUUCUGCUGCUACUACUCAGCAUACGCCUCCUCCUUUGGAACAAGGUCACCACUUGUUCUUUUACCAGCGCAAUGGUACUGCUGGAAGCACAUUCAACCCUCGAAGUAGCUCAAACAACUUCAGCAUCAAGCCAAGCGCUGAUGGUCUGGCCCAAGCUCAAGCUCAACUUCAGACUGUGAACCACAUGCUUACUCACCCACCUGUACCUGCCAAUCCAGUUCGCCAGCCUGCUAUUCCUCCCGUCGACCAUGCUUCACCUAUUAGAGAUAGUUUCGCAGGAAGCCUCGCUCCUUCUCCUGCCAUCUGGGAGGGUCUCAAGGGCCACUUGAACCAGCUCAACCUCGGCGAACACCAAGCUCCUACGUCUGCACCCCGUCAAGCCGCUCUUUCGCCUGACCAGGAAGUUCGCUCCUUCAAGCUUCCAAGCUAUCUGAGCUCGUACCAUGCUCAACAACCCUUUUCGUGCAGCAACGCCCCCGUGCCUGCGCACCCCCAGCCGGACAGUCCUACUCUUCGUCAGUCUCCUACUCCUCGAGGUUUCAGACCCAUGGCUGCCAUCAACCACAACCGCACAGUCGUCGGCAGUGCGAACGGGCGAGAGGAACCCGAGGUCAACAUAUUCUCCGACAACUACAAGGGCGAGCAUACUAUGCGCAACGCGAGUGCCAUGGACCUGUCUCCCGAGCAGAACUGUGCUCUCUGGCUGACCAACCUGCCUCCGGACGUUACUCACAACCAGCUCCUUGCCCAGAUUCGCAACGUCGGCCGCAUUUGGUGCACUGUUGUCAACGAGCCUGACUACGAUCGACAUGACACCGCCGCUGCAAAGGUUGUCUUCUUCACUCCUCGUCCUGCGCAGCUGCUCCUUUCCAAGUCUUUGACCCAGGGCCUUGAAGUCUCUGGAUACUCCGUUCGAGUCACUCAUAACCGUGUCAAGUACGGUGAACAGCCCAUGGUUGGGGCCGCCUCUCGAGCGCUUCGUAUUUGA